CCUUUACAGGUGGACUUAAUUUUACCCCACCUCUAAACUAAAGCAAUAAACACCAAAUAUUGAUCUAUGAACGGAAAAAAAUUUCAAAUUAUAUUCUGGAAACGCCAUUGGCCGCAGUGUCCGGAACUGACAUUGAGCGCGUGUCGGGGGGGACGCGCGCACACCUGCAUCUACUUUUACUUAAUUAGAUUUUCUGUCCCCCAAAUCAGACCACAGAGUCGUCGUGUGGUAGCAGGUGCGAUGGCUGAACCCCGCAGAAUUCAGCUGACUACUCUGAGAUGCGAUGCGCCUCCAUUUAGUGAUGCAUCUGCUUCGGUCCGAAAUCCUUCCUCAGGUGUUCUGAAAGUGAAAGAAACCCGCUCCAGCCGGUCAGGUGACACCAGCACAGUUCGUCUCGAGCUCAAGUUAUUUGAGCCCGACGAGCGGAGCUUCCCAGAGUUCAACUACUGUCAUCUUGUUGAGAAGGAGGUGGAGCUGCAUCCUGGCUGUGCUCGAGAGAAACUGAUCAGCCAAACAGAUGAUGUUCAACUGAGCAGACUUGAACAAGAAGACAAGAGAGAAAAUGAUGAAAUUGCUGCUAUUGCAAGAAAGUUGGAGCAAAAAUAUGGGUGCAAACAUAAGAAAAGGGACCGCAUUCAGGACUUGAUUGAUAUUGGAUAUGGUUAUGAUGACGAAGAUUCUUUUAUUGACAACUCUGAAGCUUAUGAUGAGUUUGUGCCAUCCUCCAUCACAACCAAAUUCGGAGGAUUCUAUGUGAAUUCAGGUGUGCUGCAGUUUCGCCAGGCCUCUGACACGGAGCCUGACAACCUCCCAGUGGAAGAAAAAACAGAAAAAUGUAAAGAAAUUGGCGAGCCUGAUAAGCCAAAGAAGAAGCGGUGCAGAGCGAGUGGAAAGAGGAAAAUUGAUAUGGAUUCAAAGUUGAGCACUUUAUCUGCAACUGGGCCAGAUGGUAACAGGAUCAAAAAGAAGAAAAAGGCUGUUAAGACACUGAGUGUCACCACCAUGCUGAAAAGGUUCCAAAGAGAAAAGGAAAAGGAACGACAGAGGAUGGAGAAGGUGGCUGUGAAACCACCAGUGCCCCACCUGUUUCCAGCAGAUGCAGCUGGCAGUGGCAGCUCGGGACUAACUGACCCGCUGCUCAGCUUGAUUGGCUCCACCACUGACCAUGCUCUUAUACAGGCAGCCAGCACAGUGGACUUUGACAUCGAUUUGGACUCCUUGUUAGAUGUCAGUGAUGACCCCUUGUCACCAAAAUCCCUUCCUCAAACUGCUACAGAGCUCAUCCAAACCAGAGCAGAUGAUCAGACACAGCUGAACGCUUUGUUCGAUGCUGAAGCACAAGUUCUUAAUGCAAAGUCAAGUUCCCAGCCACAGCUUCACUCAGAGCAAAUCCAGUCUGAAUCCAGCUCUGCUUCACCACAGUCUACCCCCCUACCCGAGGGGCUUCCCCCAGGGCUGGAGGACAACAUCAGAAAGCUCAUGAUGGUUGCCAAAACAUCAGAAGGGGAGUCAAAACUCAAGUUCUUCAAUCCAGAUAUUAACUCAAUCCUACUGGAUAUUGAGUUGCAGUGUCAGGGGCACGGUGGUCAGCUUCGCUCCAAGGUGUACCGACACCUGUCAUCUUUCAUGCCCUGCAGCAAAGAUACCCUUCUGAAGAGAGUAAAGAAACUUUUAAUCACACAUGUGGAGGAGCCCCCUAGUGUGGAAAAUCCCUUGCAGAAACUGAAGGAAGCCAUUGAAAGAUCGAUGCCUGAGCAGAUUGCAUCUUUUAAUGAAAGCUGCCAAGUAUAUGAACAAGUCAAAACUUCAAAGGCCACUGAGGAGGAAAACAUGGAGGAGAAAGGUGGGAGAAAAGGGGGUCCAAAGAAGUUGUUCAAAUGGAAUCAGGAGAUUAGAGAGUGCUUGGGUCAUGUACUGAGGGUGAAAAUAGACAAAUGUAAAGAGGGUCAGGAGUUGGAGGACUGUAUUAAAAUCCUGCUGGACGAUAUCAAACCUCUUUGGCCCAAAGGAUGGAUGCAGUCUAGGGUGCUGAUAAGGGAGAGCAAGAAAUUGUUGGGUCUUACUUCCUUACCAGGAAAUAAGGCCAAGUGUGUCAAGGGAACAUCUUCUAUAAGUGGUACUUCCAAACCAUCAGAUGGCUGCAAGAAUCUUCAGGAAACUCAAGUGUUGUCUGAAGUCCCCCAAAGAGCAGAUCAUGUUCUCACAGAGGCAAGAGAUGUGUCCAGCCACAUGUCUCUUUCUGUUGACCAAAACGAGAAUGCUGCUUUAAAAAAGGGUGAGGUUAAGAUGGAGUUGGGUGCCCAUUUCUCAUCACUUGCAGAUGGAAACAACCCUCCAGUCAACGCCAAAUCUGCUCCCACGCAUUCAGUCUUUGCUAAUGAAGCACUAGCUUUCCCACCCAGUUGA